CAGAGGGAAAGGGUCCAGCAUUUCCUCCAAAGCCCUGGGACCCAGCCGCACUGUCUCUCACUGCACAGAGGGGUGCCUCCUCCAGAUCCCACGAGGGGCUCAGGAGCCUGCUCACUCAGGGAGCCCCUGAGUGCGAGGGGCACCGAGCUCUCUGUCCUGGGAGCACAAUCAACGUUUCCAAACUCUCAGGCCUGGACCCUGCUGCUCCCGGGCAGGAGGUGGGGCUGAGCCUGGUGGUGGUGGAGGCCAUAGUCCUGGCCCUGCCUGCGGCCUGGCAACCCUAGGGUCCACUCUGGGAUCCAGGGCGCGGGAGAAGCUAGUGUCUCCCUGCGCGUCCGGGGCGCACGGACCCGCGAGCUCCGAGGAAACAUCCGCCAGGACAGGGAGCCCAGGAGGAGCCCCAGCUCUGGCUCAGAGGCUGGGGGUGGGAGGGAUACCCUCGGCUCUGCCUCAAAAUCUGGGGCCCCGCGCAGGGAGCGCGGCGACGCGCACCCGGGCGGGAGCGGGAGGCUGGGGUGGCGUCCCCGCCAGCCUGUCGGACCACCCAGAGCGGCAUUCCCUCCUCCCUCGGUCCGCGGCGGUCAGAGGGUCACCAAGAGCCCCGCUCGGCUCCCCUCAGCCGCUUUACUAGUGGCUGGGGCCUCCUCCGCGCUGGGAUUGGAUGCGAGAGAACGGGGUGGGCGCGGGCGGGGGGACCCCAGAAGCCCAGGUUCCCAGUUCGGGCUUAGAGCAGCCUGCAGUGCAGACGCUGCGGGCCGGCGCCAGGGAGGACCUCGCACCGACCUGGCGGGCUGGCGGGCGGCGCGGAGGCGGCGGCAACGGCAGCGGUGGCCCCGGCAGGCGCCGGGCGCGCCAAGAUGUUUGACAGCUCGCAGUAUCCCUACAAUUGCUUCAAUUACGACGCGGACGACUACCCAGCUGGCAGCUCUGACGAGGAGAAGCGACUCACGCGGCCCGCCUACAGCUACAUCGCGCUGAUCGCCAUGGCCAUUCAGCAGAGCCCCUCAGGCAGGGUCACCCUGUCCGGUAUCUACGACUUCAUCAUGCGCAAGUUCCCCUACUACCGAGCCAACCAGCGCGCCUGGCAGAACUCCAUCCGCCACAACCUGUCCCUGAACAGCUGUUUUGUCAAGGUGCCCCGAACGGAGGGCCACGAGAAGGGAAAGGGCAACUACUGGACGUUCGCGGGUGGCUGCGAGUCGCUGCUGGACCUCUUCGAGAACGGCAACUACAGGCGGAGACGCCGUCGCCGCGGCCCCAAGCGCGAGGGGGCGGGGGAGGCGCGCACAGGGGCCGCGGAGGGGCCUCCGGGGCCGCCUGAGCCGGCCCCCCACCGCCAGCCCCCGGCCCCCACCAGUCCCGCUGCCUUGGGGAAGGAGGAGACCAAGGGCAUCAAGUUCAGCAUUGACUACAUCCUGUCCUCACCGGACCCUUUUCCGGGGCUCAAAUGUCCCUGCGGCCCCCAGGAGGGCAGAAACCCCCAGCCAGGGAACCAGCAAAUGAACCUCCACCUUUGGACAGCAUGAGGCAGGGCUGGCACCCAGGCAGCCUGGGGUCUUCCAGGGGAUUUCAGCCCCCGCUCAAGCCAAGAAGCAAGGUUUUGCCAUAUCCUACUAACUUCCACAGACUCCUCCUGCUCCAGGCUGAAAAACACCUGGGCUGCAGAGAUGGGAGGUCAGUCUUCUGGCUUCAUCGCUCCAAGUCCCCUUUGCAAGAAGACCCAUGGGGUCCUGCCUGACCGAAGCGUUUGCUCUAGAUUCACUGAAUAACCCUCCUCUGAGGACUAGGAACAUGGGUUCAGGGCCACGUCCGCUUAGAUCCAAGGCAGCAUUUCACCCCUCCAUCAUCUGAGAGUUUGCUGCAUAGACAGCCACGCCCGGGAAGGAGCCAGGGUGUCAGUAUUCAGCUGGCGAAGCAGGUGGGCAUCCUCCCUUGAGCUAAAAGGGCUAAAAGAGAAGUUGGGUAUCAGCUGAACCCGUGGAUGUCGCCCCAAAGUUUUUAACUGUGGCCCUGUUACAGAUGAUGGGCUCAAAAGUGUAAGUGCAUCUUGUGCUGUGGCAGAAUAUUCCGUUCGAUUUGAUUCGAUUGCUUGAGAAAUCCUGUGUACUUAUUUAUAGAGGAAAGAAGGCAGGAAGAAGGGAGGAGCGAGAGGGAGGAGGGACAGGUCCAAAUUUGGGACAACACGGGGCAAAGCACACUUUUCUUGGUCCCUCUGAGCCAGGCACACGCUUCCAUUGGGGCAGCUGGCUUCCCGGGGAAGCAGACAUUCCGUAACAGCGGCUGAUAGAUCCCCACUACCCGGAGAGGUGUGCAAUUAGGGAGUGUGCAAUCACCAGUGUUGGAGGUGGGUGCACUCCAUUUGAAAUGUAAAUGAUUUAAUUACUGCGCGGAGACGGGCAUUUUAAAAAACACCAUUAUGCACAGUGAAACUAUUUGACCAACCUUAUCAUUUUUCACCAGCCCAUUUUUGCGGCGUUAAUUGUUUUCCAUGACUUAAUUUGAACAUUAGUAUGGAUUACACCUAAUCUGAUCCACUAGGUGACAAUAAUUGGCUAAUUUUAUAAACAACAAAAACACACCCGAGGAGGCUGACUGUCUCGACUGGGAAUUACACAGUCGUGCUUUCUCGGACUCUGAAAAACCCAGGCCGGUAAAGGAAGGCGGGCAGGAGGUAGAGACAGAGCCUUCCAAGAGACUCGCUUAGACUGGUUCGCUUCUGAUUUGGACAACCUGACCUUUCCUUAAACUGCCACCCUGGAGAGGCUCCCCGGGUUGAUGUAAUCGUUUUGAGAAGAGGGGAGAAGGCUGUUACUUAGCAAUGUGGUGAAACGCCUGAUCCCCGAGUCCAGAGAGGAAUCCUGGUGGUGGUGUGCCCAUGGCCUGCCCGCCAGUGCUCUCUUGGUCUGGGCCAGGCCCUGCCAAUGGGGCAACCUGUCGGCCUCAUGGGGGGAGGCAAGCCCUGCCUCUAAUAGACCUCUGGAAAGCAGGACUAAGUCUGCAACAAAGAGGACAUCUCUCCUUCGCAAAUGCCGGCCACCAGAACACUUUACUGGGAAAGUGCCUGACCCCAGUGGGCCCUCACCAACCGCUAAGCCUGGGGCUGAGCCCCAGACAGUGUCUGUCUCCAUGGCUGCAACACCAGCCCUGGUGAAUGGCUGCAUUACUUCUCAUCCCCAUUUUACAGAUGCGGACCUGCCUGCAGGUGGACCCAGGCCCAUGGCCCAGACAUGUGGCUUUGGGGCUGGGCUGCUAACAUGCCCUUCAAGCAGUGGCUCAUGCAAACUCCAAGUGUCCGUGUGCAUGUAUGUGCGUGUGUAUGUCGUAGCUGUGAUAUCUGUGCACAUCCUCGUUAUUUACAUCCCUUUGCCAGUUGUGCUGAAAGCAUUGUUUUAAACGAUAGUAAA